AUGAGAAACCCCGAUCGGCAUCACCUUCUUGAUUUCCUUCUUUCAUUUCUGCUACUAGGUUGCGUAAUUCAUCUAGUUCUAGCUGCCGAUUAUAACCCCUCCGAUAAGAUUCUGCUCAACUGUGGUGCAGUCGGGGAAUUAAGCGACGAUGAUGGCAGACAAUGGACCACUGAUGUAGGGUCAAAGUUCGCAUUAGCAGGCGCAAACUCCAUAGUUUCCGAUGCCGCCACCCAAAAACCUUCAGUUCCAACAGUCCCUUACAUGACCGCUCGAAUCUUCAGAUCUCAAUUCACCUACAGUUUUCCGGUAGCAUCCGGCAGAAAAUUCGUCCGCCUCUACUUCUACCCAGCAUCUUACGCAAACCUAAACGCCUCCAAAGGCGUCUUCUCUGUCGUCUCCGGAUCAUACACCCUUCUUAAAAACUUCAGCGCAUCUGAAACAGCCACCAAUCUCAACUUCGAUUUCAUGACAAAAGAAUUCUCAGUCAAUGUCGAUUCUGGACUCUUAAACAUCACAUUCACCCCAUCUCCAAACACCCCCGAUUCUUACGCUUUUGUCAAUGGUAUUGAAGUCGUCUCUCACCCAGAUAUCUACUCUUCUAAUGGAAACGCCAUGAUUGUAGGCACCAGCACCGGUUUCAACAUCAACAACUACACAGUUCUUGAAAAUGUCUACAGAUUAAAUGUCGGUGGACAGGCUAUUUCUCCCUCUGAUGACACCGGGUUGUUCAGACCAUGGGGAGGUGAUAAUGCGUACAUAUUUGGAGCUUCAGUGGGUGUCCCAGUAGCUACAGACCCCAACAUCACAAUCAAUUACCCUUCCGGUAUGCCGGAUUAUGUUGCUCCGGUUGAUGUGUACAAAACCGCCAGAUCAAUGGGUCCCACCCCUGGAAUCAACAUUGGUUACAAUCUGAGUUGGUAUUUCGAUGUUGACACUGGAUUUUCAUAUCUAGUUAGACUCCAUUUCUGUGAAGUUGCUCCCGACAUUACUAAAAUCAACCAACGAGUGUUUGAAAUUUUUAUCAACAAUCAAACCGCAGAAACCGAAGCAGAUGUAAUCGGGUGGGCAACAAAACCCAAGGUCCCGGUUUACAAAGAUUAUGUUGUCUUUUUAGCUCUCGGACCUCCAAGACAAGAUCUAUGGCUGGAAUUGCAUCCCAAUUCCGUCCGAAAACCGGAAAGAUACGAUGCAAUCUUGAACGGAAUCGAGAUUUUCAAAAUCAACUCAAGUGACGGGAAUCUUGCGGGAACACUCCCGGCCCCCGCUCCGGUACAACCGAUCAUCGACCCCACAAGAGGGUUGUCAAUAAAGUCAGGAAAGUCAAACAAAACCGCAGCGGUCGGUGGCGGCAUUGGAGGCGGCAUAGCUGCUGUCCUCAUCAUCGGAUUAUUCGUUUGCUUCUUGACCCGUGGAAGGAAACAACGAAAAGAUCCAAAUUCAAGCGACGGACCAUCCGGUUGGCUUCCAUUAUCCUUAUACGGAAACUCCCAUUCCUCCGGCUCCACCGCGAAAACCACCACCACCGGAAGCUACGCCUCCUCCCACCCCUCCAACCUCUGCCGCCACUUCUCCUUCUCCGAGAUCAAAUCCGCCACCAACAACUUCGACGAAUCCCUCCUCCUCGGUGUCGGUGGGUUCGGGAAAGUCUACAAAGGCGAAGUCGAUGGAGGCACGACAAAAGUCGCAAUCAAACGUGGGAAUCCACUUUCCGAUCAAGGCGUGAACGAAUUCCAAACGGAAAUAGAAAUGCUCUCCAAACUCCGGCAUCGGCAUCUCGUUUCCUUAAUCGGAUAUUGCGAGGACAACAACGAAAUGAUCUUAGUGUACGAUUACAUGGCACACGGGACCCUCCGUGAGCACCUUUACAAAACCCAAAACCAACCGUUACCAUGGAAGCAACGUCUCGAGAUUUGUAUAGGCGCAGCGAGAGGUCUACAUUAUCUUCACACGGGUGCAAAGCACACGAUUAUCCACCGCGAUGUGAAAACCACAAAUAUAUUGUUGGACGAGAAGUGGGUGGCGAAGGUUUCGGAUUUUGGGUUGUCGAAAACGGGGCCCGCAUUGGAUCAUACGCAUGUGAGUACGGUGGUGAAGGGUAGUUUCGGGUAUUUGGAUCCGGAAUAUUUUAGGCGGCAACAGCUGACGGAUAAGUCGGAUGUUUAUUCAUUCGGGGUGGUUCUGUUUGAGAUUUUGUGUGCGCGGCCUGCUUUAAACCCGACACUUGCGAAAGAGCAAGUGAGUUUGGCGGAGUGGGCCCAGCAUUGUCAUAAGAAGGGUAUUUUGGACCAGAUAAUUGACCCGUAUUUGAAGGGGAAGAUCUCGCCGGAAUGUUUUAAGAAGGUGGCGGAGACGGCGGUGAAGUGUGUGGCGGAUCAGGGGAUUGAGCGGCCGUCGAUGGGUGAUGUGCUGUGGAAUCUUGAAUUUGCUUUGCAGUUGCAGGAGAGCGCGGAGGAGAGUGGCGGGAAAGGGGCGGUGAUGGAGAUGGAGGAUGGUGUUUAUGAUGAUGUGCCAUUGAAAGGGAAGGCAGAGGGAGGGGGAUAUGAUGGGAUUGGGAAUGUGACGGAUUCUAGAAGCAGUGGGAUGUCGAUGAGUAUUGGUGGGAGGAGUUUGGCGAGUGAGGAUUCCGAUGGGUUGACUCCGAGUGCUGUUUUCUCACAGAUUAUGAAUCCUAAAGGAAGGUGUAAUUUCAAAAUAUACAAGAAUAGAAGCUCAAAUUAA